AAGCGACUGCCUGUUUCUGCUCAGUGUUCGACCCGACCUUACGGCAGUGUCACCCUCUUUGGCCAAUCCACCCAGACCCUGAACCCAUCAUCGGCAGGUGGCCUGAAGCUCCUCCUUGUCCUCUCCCACUAUCGUCUCUCUGCACAGUACACACGCGCUAUAUUUACACAGUAAUGACAGCAUCGCAAGAAUUGAUCUUUCCAUACGACAUCCUCAGCGAAAUUGCUGAGAAACUCUGUGAUUCCAAGCACGCACUGGGUGCUUUUGCGCUUAGUUGUCGGAUAUUGCAUUCUGCCAGUAGGCGACAUAUUUUCCGCAGAAUCGUCCUGAAGGAUAGGACCAAGUUGGACGAAUUUCUUUCGUUGCUCAAGGCGUCGCCGGAGAUUGCUCCUUGGGUGAACGAGUUACGUUUUGUCGUUCGGGACGGUCAGACUGUUUAUGCCGUCAGCAUGACUUCGACGCACUGGCUCUUCCAUGCAGCUUCAUCGCUUCCCCGCAUUCUCCCUCAAUUACACGUACUGGAGAUGCAUGGCCUUCACCUUACCCAAUCGCCUCUCGGAGCCGUCCUUGCAGACAAGUUUUCCAGUUGCACGGCGCUUCGGAAACUUAGCUUGUCUGCAGGCUACUUUCCCAAGUCUUUCCUAUCAUAUAUGCUCUGCGCUCUACCAGGCAUUUCCAGCUUGACGCUUUCUUCCGUUGCGUUGCUCUGUGAUUCACAAGUUGUGGCUCUGCCUGAGCCUCGGAAGGUCCAGUUGCGUUUCCUAGAGUGUGAUGAAUAUGAUGCCGUCCUAAAUAGGAUUAUCACGACGUUCUCUGAAAACACGAUUCGGACCUUGGUAGUGAACAAAAAUGGCCCCACUACGACGGGAGAGUUGGUUCCUCUUCUCGGAAGUAGUCUUGAGCAUCUGGUCAUUGUGAUACGUCGUCGACACUGGGAGCGCCCUGCAUCACCGGAGGGCGUAGUUGACUUACGUCGAAGCUCCAAUAUUCGCCAACUUGAGUUUCGCCAUUGUCCUAUGAACCUCUCUACAAUGCUUCUCCAGCUCCCCUGUCCCGAGUUGCUCCAAGAACUGUCUUUCGUAUUGGAUUCUUACGACUGGAAGAACGUCAACGAGGAUGACUUCAAGGAUCUGGAUGACUGUAUUACUCGCCAUUUCCCAUCUGUGCAACGUGUUCAGUUCACCACUGUCCAACGAGAUUCUCAAGUGGUCGCCGACGGAAUGGCGGGCAAGAUGCUUCACCAAUUAUUACCGGCCGUCGCCGCCGAAGGUAUUCUACACGUAAAUAUCGUGACUGUCCAGGGGCAUGAUGAAGAGCAGAAUGCUGUAGCUAAGGUCCAGCUCCCGCAAUACAGCCCUCCUUAUCAGUACGGAUUCCCCGGCAUGCGGUACCAUUGAUAUUUUGCAUGGAUCGCACCCUUGUGCUGGCGUCUCAUCUUAUGCAGGUCAUCUCCACCCUUCAAUCACUGAAAACCACACCCAAGCACGUUGAUAAAUUUUAUGCCAUCGCGCCCCGUGGCACAAUACGCAAUUCUCAAGACGGACUCAUUUCUAUAACUCACAUUCUAAACUAGGAAACUGAGGGUACUAGUGUCGACUUGACCUUUGGAUGAUGGAUAGAGUGUCUGCUUUUUCUUCUUCGCGGUAUGAUUGACAUUCCUAGCUAUCUGGCGACCAUAUCCAUUAUCCGGUCACUGAUGUGGUAUUUUAUCGCCUUGUCACAAUGUUGACUUAGCUUAUAUUGAUACAAGAACAACUGAGAAAUGAAAGAUAUAGAUCCGGCC